GAAAAUACCUCCUCCCGCUGCUCCUCAGCUCUAUCUCGUGAAUAUCAAACACCCGCCGUCUCCAUAUUGGAAGCAGAGAUCAGAAAACACGGGAAAAUAUGAAGAGGCCGAUUUUGACGAUCAUUUAAGCGCACAGAUGUCGUGUUUCUCCUAGAUAGCUCCAAGAGUUUAAUCGCAAGCGUUCCGAUAUUGCGCGAGUGAUUUAUUCGACACGCAUUUGGAGCUUUCAUGGUCAGCUCGCUAAAGCUAUCCUAUUAGCAACCCUGCCUUCAACGACGUUACUUAUUAGCCGCGCUCGCGAAAUUUGUUUUAGUUAUGCGCAUCCUUACGGGCUAAUUGGUCAGAUGUGUGUCCGCGACGCUUAUUUUAAUGCAACAAAACGCAAAGAUUAGUGGUCGGGUGCAGUCCGUUCGCCCACGCUAGCCUGAGCGACAGCAGUCUGCUGGCUGGCUGGCUGGAAAUCUGCCAUUAAGUCGACUAGCUGUUAGCACGGUCUGAAACACGGAGACGGCUAGAACUCGCUGGAAAAAGGAGCUAACAUUUUGUUUCCAUGGACAACACGUCCAUAAUAACGCAGGUAACGAACCCCAAGGAGGAGGAGAUACUCUCGUCAAAUGCUGAGAAAGUUUCGCUGUCUAACAGCAGUUUGAAGAAGAAGAGAACUCGAAGCAUCUUCAGCUCAUUGUUCUGCUGCCUGAGAAGUCCUGAUGCCGAGCCCCCCGCCACCCCCAACAACAACAGCAGCCCUCUGCCCCCACCUGUGGAGGAGAAUGGAUCUCCACCAAAGUGUGACCAGGUUGAGGUCAUCCCUAUUCCCAGUCCUCCAGAGAAGUACCUCCUGCCUGAGGUUAACAUAAAUGACUAUGGAAAGAAGUGUGUGGUAAUAGACUUGGAUGAGACUCUGGUGCACAGCUCGUUUAAGCCUAUAAGCAAUGCUGAUUUCAUCGUCCCGGUGGAGAUAGACGGCACAGUGCAUCAGGUAUAUGUGCUCAAAAGACCCCACGUGGACGAGUUCCUGCAGAAAAUGGGCGAAUUGUUUGAGUGUGUGCUUUUCACAGCCAGCCUAGCCAAGUAUGCCGACCCGGUGGCUGACCUGCUGGACCAGUGGGGUGUUUUUCGGGUGCGACUCUUCCGAGAAUCCUGCGUUUUCCACAGAGGGAACUACGUUAAAGACCUAAGCCGGCUCGGCAGAGAGCUCAGGAAUGUCAUCAUUGUGGACAACUCUCCUGCUUCCUACAUUUUCCAUCCCGAAAAUGCUGUUCCGGUGCAGUCGUGGUUUGAUGACAUGACUGACACGGAGCUCCUGGACCUGCUGCCUUUCUUUGAGGGACUGAGCAAAGAGGAGGACGUGUAUGGAGUUCUGCAGAACCUGAGGGGCAGGUAGCAGGCUGAUGGGGAGUCAGUGGAGCCCCCGGUGGAGAUCAAAGCAACCCCUCUCCUCCAGCCUGCAGCUACCACCAAUCCUCUCCUCACAGUACAGGAACACAACACCACCCGCGUUCUCAAUAGGAAACACGCAGACUUUUUACCAUUUAUAGGACGCUCAAAUCUUUCUCUUUUGAAAAGUGCUUAUGACAAACCAAAAAAAAUCAAUGUCUUGUUUUCCCUUUUCGAAAUGAAAUGAUUCAAGUCAUACCGUUCUUUGCGGUGUUGCUAUGCAGAUAAUUCUGUAGGGUUAAAGGACUGUGGGUUUUCCUCUUCGACCCAACAAAGUGCCUUUUUUGAAUGUCAUUUUUACGGGGAAAAAUAACAUUUUGUACACAAUGUAUUUCCAGAGAACCUAAACUUUGCAAGAAUGAUAUGCUUUAAAAUAGAGGCAGGGCAGGCUCUUUUUUUAUAAAAGCACUGUUAAAGAAGCCAGAGGUUUCUAAUUAUGUAAAGCUGGGUACACAUCUCCAUUUUUAGUCUUGUGCUCUUUUGUUCCUGUCUCUGGUUCCUUUUGGCUUUAGCUUGUACCAUUAUAUAGAAUGAUUCUAUCUAGACUUGUAUAUGUUUAGUUUGUUUGCAAAGGAAUGCAUUUGCACUUGUUAGGUUACUCUUCUCGUCUGCCCUGUCCUCUCUUGCCAACUCUCUUGCUUACCAGACUAGGAGAAACAAUCAUAUAAGGUUGUAUUGUGCCAAUCGUUGUUAGUUUGUCUUACAAUGUGAUGCCAUCUUUACCUGCCCAAGAUUAAGCAACUGAAUUUGAUAGUUGUAAUAUUGGUGCUUUAUAGCGUAAUAUUUCGUAGACAAAUGUUUGGACAUUUCAAAAUUCAUCCCAGUUACUAUAACAGGUAGAAUUGUAGUCGUUAGUCUUUUUUUCAACUUACAGUCAAUGGCCUUUGGUGAAGUAGUGUAGACACUGCAUUUGUUGCCCUUUUAUUGUACUUUCAAGUGGAAGUGUACUUUUUUAGAAGCCAGGAUGCACAAUUGCAAAUGUAUCCCUUUUGUUUUUAAUGAUUUCUUUGUUUGAUUAGUGGAUUGUUGACAAUUGGUACAGGUCCAUCAACUUUAUAAUUUUCACUUGUUUUAAACCAUACCCUGUUGCUGCUACCACUGUAUAUUACACUACUAAAGACCUCCCUGUAGGGUACAAACAGUACCAGCCCAGGGACAAGAGAAAUGUCUGUGCGGCUAAAGAACGGUUGUGUGCUUCGUAGGGCCGUUGCUUUAGGUCGGACCCCCAUCAAGAUCUGAACAGAACCCAAUUCUCCUGCUGGGAUUCUUGCCAUUGAGAGCGCGAGCUGCACAGACUCUCUACCGCAGUGCCUAAGAUGAGAGGAGCAGCAGUGGCGUCUCCUGUUCUGCUGCUGAGCAGGCAAUAACCUCUCCGCAUAGAGUCCGCCACAUCAUACUUCAUCUGCUUCAUUUUUGUUCUCUUUUCUUGGUCUUUCAUCGUCUACCUCUCUCCAUCUCUCUCAGGCAAAGGAGAGAGAUUGAUUCUUACAUGUAUCUGUCAGUAUUUGAGACGUUCAACUAGUUUAUCUCACACCUGCUGUUUUUUGUCUUGGUGCUGUACAGCCUCCCCUUCUCGCCAGCUUUUUCAAAUCUGGUGGUUGAAGAUACUUGGGUAUUUAGAUAUUUGAUUUCUAGCUUGGUUUUAUUUCAUGUGGUGGUGAGAAUCACAAUAUUUUCCACAUUUGCAUAAUUCACAUUCACCGUUUGACAUCACAACGAUCUGAUGUAAGAACACUUUUGGUUUUGUUCUUCACUUCUAAGCGUCUGGUGUAGAGCGGUUUUAAUUCUUUGUCACUUCGUUGUCUCAAGCUGACACAUUUGACGUUUUGUAUUUACUUUAUUGGUAUCGUUACAGUUAAGCCAUAUAGACACUUUAUACGUUGAACAGAUUCACUUGGGUUAAAGUCACUUUGGAGAGGCUGUACAGUGCUCAUUUUGAAAUAUAUUUCAAGUUGAGUUGAUUCAUGGUUGUAUUGUUGCAAGUUUUCUUCCGGACUCUUGACAUAUUAAAGCACCUUUUUAAAAAAC